AUUACUGUACUAUUGUUGAUACAUACGUGCGUCAACUACUAGUGAUCGAAGUAUUGUAGAACUGAAGUUUUAAAAUUAAGUUAUUCAAUUUUUUUUUAAAUUCAUUUUAGCGAAAAGUUUGUUUGAUCUUGCUUACUAUUGUAUUGUAAAAGCAAGUGGUAAAAAUGGUUGUACUUAGCAAUUUCCUUGCACCGCGAGAGGGAAUACGCCAUGAAGAGCAAAACACUACUGUGUACAUUAAUGACAGAGAAGUGGGAAAAGGAACUCUAUAUAUUACCGAGAGCUUGCUUUCUUGGGUGAACUAUGAUACACAACAAGGAUUUUCACUUGAAUAUCCUCAUAUAUCUUUACAUGCCAUAUCACGAGAUCAACAAGUAUAUCCAAGACAAUGUUUAUAUAUUAUGGUUAAUGCAAAAGUAGACCUUCCAGAUGUACCAUUACCAGCAUCUUCUGAAAGUGGCUCAGAAAAUGAAGAUGAAGACGUAGAUACACCUAUCACAGAAAUGCGUUUUGCUCCUGAUAACACAAACAACUUAGAAGCAAUGUUUCAAGCAAUGAAUCACUGUCAAGCACUUCAUCCUGAUCCACAAGAUAGUUUUUCAGAUGCUGAAGAAGAUAUUUAUGAAGAUGCAGAGGAGGACGAUUUUGAAAAUUAUGAAGUUGGCGCUGGUGAUGCCCCCUAUAUUUUACCCUCAGAACAAAUAGGCAUGAAUCAUAAUGGCACAGAAGCAGACGAUGCGAUGGAUGUAGAAGCAGGUCAGUUUGAAGAUGCAGAGGAAGAUCCAUGAAGCGUGAUGAUGAAAAAAUGCAGAUAUGCGUUUAGUAUUAAUUUAUAAUAACCAGUAUCAUAUAUUAUGGUAGAUAUGUGAUAUUAUGGCAGACUGUAUUACAGAGCUGUAUCAAACAUAAAAACACCUAACAUUUAUUUAUAUUCAUUUUGUACA